GCUGCUGGUGGAUGUGCAACGAUGGAGGACACAUCAACCAAGGCCAAACGCAUCAAGAAGAAACCAGUUUUGAUGGCAGACUUCACAACCAUUCAAGAUGAUGAAGAAGCCAUGGACCUUGAUGAGGAAGAUGGUGAGGAUACUGGGCAGCCUCAACCGACAAAGGCCAAGAACAUAACAAAGACUACUCUCAAAGGGAAGUCUACAUUGGGGGUGAAGACAAAGAAGACAGACACAACAAAGAGUACAACAAAAGCAGCAAAGCUUCAGACGACGCUGGACAAGUUGGCUGUUCAGAAAGCUUUGUGCAAGGAAAUGCUCACCGUUAAGCCACCAGUUGCUGAGAUGAACCCUGGUUCGAGCAUGGGGGAAGAAGGGGUAAUUUUAAAUCUGAAACGGCAGCUGGCAGAAAGGGAUAGUAAAAUCAGCCAGUUAAAGGACCAGCUUAAGCAACAAGAUGAGGAAAUUCUCCUGUUGCGCCAAAGAUCUGUGUCAGACCUUCCCUUCAGUGUUGGUAAGAAUUUUGUUUCCUUGUAAUGAAACCAAAUGCCCAUUGCACAGGUCUAAGAUUUCUUAUUAACAUUUUGGGAUUUUAAAGAAAUUGGAAGUUGGUGUCGUAUUUCUGAUGAUGGACAGCAUCUGUAAACCCACUGAAUUAAAACAUCUAGGAGAUUAAUUUUUUAGCGCAUUGAUGAAGGCGCAUUACGCCGCGCCAAAGUUGAAUACAACACGCCCAUGUUUCAAAACCGCCAAGCGGCCGGAUGUAUGCUUUUGUGCAAUAUCUCAUUUGAAAGUUCAGAACUUUGGUAAUCCUACCAAAAUAGCAAUUUAACAUUUUGAUUCAUUUUGAAGGUAAAAUCAGCUUGAGCACGGACAAUGCAUCUUUGAAUUCAUAUAUUAAAUACCUGAUGUUUUGUUUUAGCUAUCACCCCCCAAAAAAUCAAGCUAAUGCAAGAGGUAACCUCAGUUCUCCAAUCGUGUCAAUCCACAAGGCCAGCGCCAUCCAAAAGCCUGCCAGCAGCCCAACCCACAAGCCAGCCACCAAAGGCCACUUUGACAUCCACCUUGCCGUCCCCCUUGCCAUCCACCAGCAGUCAGCCACCAAAACAAGUGUUUCAAACGAAACUCCAGCUUCCAACAGCAACGACCACCGGCCAAGACAUUCAUACAGCUCCACCAACUGAAGACACCUCUAUGACCCCAACAUCUGAUGAGGUAAGUGAAUCUUACUAUGAACAGCCCCAUGCCUUUUACCCUCUAUUAUUUUGUUUUUGAUUAUAAUUUAAGAUGUCUACUAUUAAAGGGAGGCUUUAUCAUUAGUUUUCUUUUUGGAAGAUUAAAUUCAUUACACACACAUCACAAAACGAUACUUUUGUAGUAACUUGGAAGUAAUUAUUGUUUUCAUUUCUUCAAUUGAUGUAACCUCCCUUUAGUUCAUUUUAUGAUGUGAAGCCACUGCAUUUACACUUUUACAAACCAUACCUUAUGUAAUCUGUAUCACAAAAAGCCUAACAAGAUCACACUUCUACACAAUCUGUCAUUAUUCAAAAAGAACCUUGGCAAAAAGAUUUCCUGUGGGUUUCUUGGCCAAGCAGGCACCAUUUGCACAUGAAAUGACUGGUUGCCGUCUGUCCAAAAUUGUGCUUUACCCAUCCACUGUGAACAAUAGACAAAUCGCUGUCAAUCAUAUCUUUACUUAUUGAGCGUGUCUAUUGCAACUUCUUCUUUUUUUCCACAGACAGUAACCCCAUU